GCGGCGCGGGCCGCGGCGUCUUCAAUAUUUCAAGCGCACUUGGUGCGACCGACACGCGACUGUAAAUCUGGUAAAAAAUUAACCAAUUGGCAUGUCACGACUGUGCAUUUUAAAAUUAUGCCCUGUGAUAAAAAGGAAGGGAACGCCGGAGACGCUGUUGAGUCGGAUACGUUUUAAAGACGGUGACCGACAGCGUUUCAACGCAACGUGUUGGAGCUGUCAGAGAGGUUAUGUCCAGCGUUCCUCUAUACUGGCAUCUCAACUCUAUCCGCCGUAUAGAUUGUCAUUGAAUAAAAUUUUCCUCAAGUUCCCUGCAACGCUCUCGACAACCACGAGGGAAAAGUACGAUGAUUAUGGCGAUAAAUGUGGCGGGAGGCAUUGGCAUCGUGGAACGCUCUUGGCCAAUCUUGGCCUUUUCAGUUUUCUAAUGGUUUUUUGUUCCACUUUACAUUUGAAAGAGAAAAGAUUCUUUCGCGCUGUCCAGUAUGGUAAUGUCUCUGAAUUAAAAAAGUCUAUAGCAGAUGGCAUUGAUGUAAACACCAGGCAUCCAUUGGGUUGGACAGCGUUGCAAACUGCUGCUAUAAAUCAAAAAGAUGAAAUAAUCAAAAUUCUAUUGGACAAUGGCGCUGACAUAAAUGCGGGAGAUAACUUUGUUAAUGUAUACAGAACCGCUAUGGAAAAGAGUUUACAUUCUUUGGAUGUUCUUACAAAGAGGGAAGAAGAAUUUUCUGAUCGAUUAAAUAAUCGAGCAACUUUCCAAGGUUUUACAGCAUUACAUUAUGCUGUGUUAGCCGAUUCAAAAACUUGUGUCAAAGCGUUAUUAGAUGGGGGAGCCAAUCCAACGAUAGAAAAUGAAGCGGGACACCGAGCGGUUGAAUACGCUAAAGAAGGAGAAAUCAAAGAGAUGCUUAUCAAACAUGCCAUUAAAUAUGAUGAAAUAGUAAAAGAAAAGGAAGCAGAAGAACGUCGUAGAUUUCCAUUGGAGCAACGUUUGAAGCAACACGUUGUAGGACAGGAGGGACCAAUUUCCAUCGUUGCUUCUACUAUCAGAAGGAAAGAAAAUGGUUGGAUAGACGAGGAGCAUCCGCUGGUAUUUCUUUUCUUGGGUUCAUCAGGCAUUGGCAAAACAGAAUUGGCCAAGCAAUUAGCUGCUUAUAUUCACAGAAAUAAAUCGGAUAGUUUUAUUCGAUUAGAUAUGUCUGAAUAUCAAGGAAAACAUGAAGUUGCAAAAUUAAUUGGAGCACCACCAGGAUACGUAGGACACGAUGACGGUGGACAGCUGACAAAACUUUUAAAAAAAUCCCCUUCCGCUGUUGUAUUAUUUGACGAAGUGGAUAAAGCCCAUCCUGAUGUUUUAACUGUUUUGCUACAGCUGUUUGACGAGGGUAGAUUAACUGACGGUAAAGGAAAAACAAUCGAGUGUAAAAAUGCUAUUUUCAUAAUGACAUCAAAUUUAGGAAGCGAGGAAAUUGCAGAACAUGCGAUGCAACUAAGAGCAGAAGCUGAAAGAUUGUUAAACCAUAGGUUAGUCAAUACCGUUGAUGAAGAUCAAGAACCAGAACGUAUUGAGAUAUCUCGUAAUUUUAAGGAUCAAGUGGUGCGUCCAAUACUGAAAGAGCAUUUUCGGAGAGAUGAAUUUUUGGGAAGAAUAAAUGAAAUUGUAUAUUUUUUGCCAUUCUCUCGAGCAGAAUUGAUAGAAUUGGUUGCUAGAGAAUUGAAAGCAUGGGCUGUACGCGCGAAAGAAAGGCACAAGAUGGAAUUAAAAUGGGACAGAGAGGUUCUAUCGGUACUAGCGGAUGGCUAUGACGUCCAUUAUGGUGCUCGUUCCAUCAAGUAUGAAGUGGAAAGACGUGUUGUUAACCAAUUAGCAGCAGCUCAUGAACGGGGGCAACUUGGUAAAGGAUGCUGUGUAUUGUUAAAAGCAAAGUGGCAUGAGAAUGGAGCGAGCAUAAUCCUUUCUGUUCAGCAGAAGGGCUCAAAGAAGUUUGUCGAUAUUUUAGAAAUAGACAAGUUAACGAAAAAUAUUAGUUCAAAAUUCUUAUAAAUAUAGCAUGUAAAUUUUGCUUUCGCAACUUACGCAAAUCACAUUGUUAUUUAGGAAGGAAGAUUAUGUACCAAAAUCUGCUGUAACUUGUUACGAUACAAUGUACAAAUGUACAAAUUUAGACAAUAAAAAAAAAGUGCUAUAUUUAGGUACAUAUUGUGCUAUGCAAUGAAUACAA